AAGCUUUGUAGCAUAAGCUUCGUCCUUAAAAGGAACUCUCACCAAUAAGAUCGACAAAUGUUACAUUGCCACACUGAAGUGAAAGGAGCCAAUUUAAAACCGGUACCAAGAGAAGAAAUCGGAAAUAAGCGGGAUGACACAUCGCUUCUCCCGCGUCAAACGCCUUGAGUCUUCGGUGCAGUUUCCAAUUGUGAUAGAAGAUGAGUACAUUGAUUUGACGUCGAUCGAUUAUGACAAUGACUCGGAUGACAGUGGUGCUGCGGGAAACUCUGCUGCCUUUGUACAAGUUAAACCUGGCAAGUCCUUGAUGGAAAAGAAGCUCAUGGAAGGGACUAACGAUAAUUUCUUGGGUACAGAUUCACUCCGGGAUGUCCAAAUGAUGCAGUUGGAUGUUAUGCCCGACGGUGAAAAAUUCGACGAUUGUUUCCAAAGCGGCCCACUAGUUAGAGAUAACAAUGAGAAGAGCAUCGUGGAUCAUAUGGUAGGCGUUUUGCGUUCGCCCAAUGGAACAACAGAGGCGAUGCAGGAACACGGACAAGCAACAAGACGAAAGAAAAUUAAGACACCUGGUGGUGCCAUGUAUCAGAAGGCCAUGCGGUUCAUUGCCGGCAGUCGGAAAAAAUCUCACGGUGUCAUCAACUCAAAUCCCGUCAUAUCGUGCGGGUCAGAACUUUCCAAUACUAGUAGUUGUGGAGGCGACCGCAUAUACCGUAAGGCUGUACUAGCCAGAGUUGAGAAGAUUGCAACCAUGACGAAAAGUAAAACUAGAAACUUGAGCCCUAUUCGAAUCGACGGAGAAGGAGGGGGGUCCAAUCGCGUUCACCCUUCAUCAGAUAGGGAUAGUCUUGAAGUGCUUUUGAAUAACCUUGACAGGGAAGGACCGGAACGCUCUCUGGAAACUGAGACGGUGCAAGCCGUGCUCAGUGAAGGCAUGAUAGAAGGUGUGAGAAGAGGAAGAUGUCGACUUGAAGGAAGCUUUGAUUCGAAUACUGUGGCGGAAGAAGAUGCGGCACGAAAUCAAGCUCAUCCGACGCCGAUUCAAUCCGAUGUGCUGAGUCGGCACCAUACUACCAGCAUCAUCAGGCAAGAACAUUUUGAGUCAAGACCGGAGGUUUCACUAGACGCACCGACCGGGCAAGUUGCUCGAAAAAAGAGUCGAUCGAAGCAGCCCUCCCAAAGUAAUCAGGACCGAAACUGCUUUUCCACAGAAACCGAACAGAGGUUCGUUAAACCAUUAAGAAGGAGUAUCUCGCCAGUCAGAACCAGAAGUCCGGACGGCGCGAUGAAAGUAGGACCUAAGGUUUCGCCCCAAAACAGAGAAAGCAGUGCAAUUGAGGCCGGUCAGGCCUAUCGAGACAUUCAACCGGCUUGUACGAGAGGUGAGCUAUUGCAGAGGGAUUAUGGCUCGAUUGCCAAGAGGUACCAGAACCCAGUUGAAGCAACCCAGGAGAUGACUGCUAAAAUCGGCGGCUCAAGAAGAAACCAGGAUUUCUUUUCGAUGUUCGACGAUACAACAGAAGUCUCAGAGGUACGCAGUUGUGACAACUUUAGCACAUUAUCUAACCACCACAACGACAGUUUUCCCAUCGUCUCUCCGAAAAGUAGCGAAGCUUUCUUCUCUUUUGAAUUAAAUGGAAUUUCUUCAGACCUAAACUUUCAGAAGCAGAUCUUAAAAGAACAACCAAGAAGCUCGUUACGAAUUUCUCCCAAUCGGAGUCUGCGAGACAGGCAUGAGCCCGUUGAAGGAGAAGAACGAGAUGAGACGCGCCAGGAUGAUCCAGACGGAAGGGUUGAACCCGGGCAGCCGAUUGACAUCAUCAAAAUCAAACCUAGCGACGAGCACUACCUGGCUGAAGUCAUCGAUGUCAGCGGCUUUUCAGACGAAAGACGAUUCCGUCGAUUGGUGACCGUUGCAGAACCACAUUCGAGACAGCAGGAGUCGAGAAGCAGGAGUCCGACGGGAAAAGGUUUAAGAUCCAUGGAUUCUGUUUCAAACAAGUUGAUUAAUCCCAAACGCUCAGCUCUAAAAAGUUCUUUCUCACGGAGUCAAAGUCCAUUGAAGCGAUCGGUGACUUUGAACCUUCAAGGCGAGGAAUCUUUAUCGAAGACAUCAUUGGUAACCUCUAGUGCUUCUCAAAAGCAAGAACAACCUAAGAACAAGGAUCUUCUGGAAGUUGACGAAAGAGUAAUCAGCUACUCCGGAGCUCGAAGAGAAGGCACUCAAUUUCAUGGGAAAGACUUUCGAAGGAGCCAUAGCUUUUCGUCCCAGAACAACACAAGUAUUGAACCCUCUGAAUGCGCUCCGACCUUUGACAAAUUUGUUUCGAAACCAAAUGCCGACAAUGAAGCAGUACGAAGAAAGUUUUUGAAGAGCGACUACAGCCAGGACUGUGCAAAGAGGGUUGCAAACAACACCUCCAGCUCUGUCUCGAAUCUUUACAAUGCAGAUGAGAAGAGGGAAAAGGCCAAUGCACUCUGUGAAUCAGCCCCGCAACUAUAUGCCCAAUAUGAGAAUGAAAGUCACUGCGGUCCUCUCGGACAAAGUGAGCCUCGAGAAGAUCCACAUGGCGAGGAUAGCGUAGGUGACGACUACACUACGGACAACACAAACGGAAGCGGAUCCGAGGAGACGGAUUCCAAAAUAUCGAAUCAAUCUCUAUUUGAAAGCGAGGAUUCGGAUCUCGACGAUCUUGACGUAGAGUUGUAUGACUCAUUUGCUGUCCCGUUUCUGGUUCGCAUGCUGGAUAAGAGUUUUGCAUGGCUAGAAAAAAGCAAUGAUCAAUUCCCCUGUGGUGGAGGUUCUCACUCUCUCCUCAAAGAAACUCGAAAGGGGCCUGAGGAUUCCAAGAUGAGCGUUGUACAGCCUUUAUUUGGCGUACAAGAGGGUUUUUCCCAACAUAAUUGCACGGACAAUCAAAACGAUGUCACCUACCGGUCGGCUCGUCCAUCCCCUCUCACUGCGCACACUUACAAAUCUCCAGCAUUAAACACCUUUCUCAAGCAAGAAGAAUUGGUCAAGUCGACAAAGAGCCUCACUCCUAAGAUUUCCAAUACUACUACCAGGAGGGCAGGGCCGGCAAAUGGACAGAUCGCACUGACAGAAACGCCACAAGAAGCAUAUAUUGGAAGGGGAUACACCGCUUCAGCCAGGGACAUACUCGAAUCUAACCAUAUUUAUGCAGAUCAGUCUCAAAGAAAAAUUGAAUUUGAUGUGGGUGCGGGUGCCGGUGGACAAAAGAAAAUAGAUGCAAGUGAAUGCACAGAGUUGAGUACACAGUGCAGCACGAAAACCGCCGUUGACAAAUCUACUCAUGCAUCUGGCCGUAGUAAAGCAAAGACUUUCGCCGAGAGGAAGGCUCAGAUCGUUGCUGAACGAAAUGCUCUGAGAGCUGUCGCUAUUGCGACAAUGAGGCAGGCUGAGAAGGGGGCCAAUUCUUAUAGCGAGGCCAGAAACGGAGAGAAGAAAUCUGCUGUAAUCAAAUGUCCAACAAGUGGUGUUGUUAGUAGGUCGAAACCGGCAGACCAUCCACUUGAUCCAGGAUCGGUAAAUCUGCCUGUCCGAUCCACGCAUAUGGAAAAUGCCAAGAAGUCUCGACCAAUCAGCCCUGAGAAACAACGUGGCAGCGACAAGAGUGAUACCGAAAAGGGAGAGUGCUCGUCACGUCCAAGUUACUUUCAAGAGAAACUAAAGGCUCGCUUAGCUCACGUCCGUGGUUUGGACACUCCCGAGCUGGAGCUUCCAGCGGAAAGUCGAAAUACCCUCGAAAGCACCCGAUUUAGCCGCGAUCCGGAGGACGAAGUCCCAAAAUCCCAAAAGAGUGACAUUCCUAUUGGUAAUGUUAGACCGGAUGACUAUCGUUCUGAGAAGGCAGCAUCACUCAGUAGCGCUGGAAGCAAUCGGCACAGGUCCUUCGCUGGUGGGCCAGAAUCCAUGGUAUCUAACUCGUCUCGUUCCCGCAAAAGUCCCCCGGGAUCUCCGCAAAAAAGGCUUUCGCAAAAAGUGAAUUUCUUUUUGAAGACAAUUAGGGAAGACAUCGCCAUAGGAGGUGAAAAUCAGAAUGAUUUUUACGCCUCUUUGACGGAAGACGAACGGUUGGCUGCCUUAGAAUUGGCCGAAAAGCUCCGGCGACGGGCUGCCACGCUCAAACGUCGACGCAAGGUCCGAGAACGUCGAAAUCCCGAGGCUACACCGCAUCUGCCAGAGAUGACCUCAAGCAAUGCGCUCUGAGAGAAUCCUCCCGCGGGGUCGAGUUCAGUGAGGACGAGGGCAGGAAGUCAAAGAGAAACGAACAAAUGGAAAUAUUGAAUAACUAAAAAAAUUGCCAACCC